UAAACAUGGUAUUAGAGACUUUUCUUCGGCUCCUACUGGUGUUUUACAGUGCAAACGGUUUCAGCGUCUUCCCGCUGGACAAGCUGUGUGCAGAAGCGCGCAGGUGGGGAAACUCCCCGCCAAGUCCGCCCUCGAGCAGAUACGUCGAAUCCGAGGAGGAGCGCGAGGCCUCCUCGUCCCACGCGAUCAAACGCGCCAUCACCUCCCACCGGCGGCGCGCGCUCACGUUCACUUCUAAAGCGCAGGUGCGGCGGCGCGUCGCGCGCAGAACAGGUGCGCUCACGGUGGCGCGGGGACCUUCGCACAGACCGAGACUCGACCAAGUGCCAUUAAGGCACAGCGCGGACUGUGAGUUUUCGCGUUCAUUUCAGCCUCCUCGGCAGCACUUUUUUAAGUAUGACAACAGUGGACUGCAACAUCUCUCCAUUCAUUGGACCGCUCUUUUCCUCCGUGCUUUUAUUAUGACGAUUGAGCCGUCAUAUUUACGAUUUAAUUUUAUUUAGCAGAUGCGUUAACUAAGCGACGGACUUCAAUGUAGAUACAUUAUCAUAUUUAAAAUACUUCUCUCGGCAUCACACGUCCUAUAUAUAAGCAUCGGGAAGUGGAAGCUCACAUGCUGACACAAGAAUUAUUAUUAGAAUAGGAUAAAGUCAAGAAGAGGAAGAUGGAAGCGACUAACCCUUAAGAACGGGAACUUUGAAUUGAAGGACUUAGGCCACGGACGCAUGCGAGACAUGGGAAAAUGGAAGAUAACUAUGGAUCCAGUGCAGGAGUGGGGAGAGGAGGUGGAGGAUGGUGCAGUUUAUGGGAUAACCCUGCGCAGGGAGCCCGUCCAGGUGUCCCCUGAUCCUGAAGAGGCCGGGAUGAACCAAGGCUUCAUCCAGUACCGUACCUGCAAGAUGCGGCGACUGAAAGCAGGAACCCUUGAGCACCUGGUGACCCACCUGCUGGACCCAGCAUGUCAGGAGCAAGACUACGCACACAUUUUCUUGUCCACGUACCGGGCUUUUACCAGCACCAGCACACUCAUAGAGCUGCUCUUCCAAAGGGAUGAUAUGAUUUCUGAGCUGGACAACUGUGCUUGCCAAAAGAGCACCAUGUUGCCCCUGCUUCAAACCUGGCUGGAGCAGUACAGCGAGGACUUCCGGGAGCCCCCUCAGCACCAAGCCCUACGGCUGCUGUCCGCCCACCUGCUGCAUCGCCCGUGCUUCCGCCGCCUGGCCAGACACACCGAAGCAUUGCUUAAGAAGUUCCAGGAACAAGAGAGAAAUAGUAACCCCAAAGGGAAAGACUUGCUGGCUAAGGAGCCGGACGAGGACGGUCCAACACAAUCAAGGCUAUUGUGGGACAGUGCAGUGGAGUUGGAGGACUUUGUGGACUUCCCUGCUAGAGACAUCGCAGAGCAGCUCACCCGCUUAGAUGCUGAGCUCUUUGUAAAGGUUGUUCCGUUCCACUGUCUGGGCUGCGUCUGGUCCCAGCGGGACAAGAAGGAGAACCGCAGCCUGGCACCCAGUGUCCGUGCCACCAUUGCCCAGUUCAACACCAUUACCGGCUGGGUCACCGCCUCGCUGUUGUGCUGCCCUGCAGGUGUGAUCUGCCCCACCCCUGGCCCUGCUCAGAGGGCUCGCAUUAUUGAGAAAUGGAUCAGCGUGGCUCAGGAGUGCAGGGAGCUCAAGAACUUCUCUUCCUUGUGGGCCAUCCUGUCAGCCCUGCAGUCCAAUGCAAUUUACAGGCUGAAGAAGACCUGGGCAGCUGUCGGCAGGGAGUUCAUUGCCACCUGUGAGAACUUGUGCAAGACGUUCCCCGAUGAGAACUGUGUGCUGACCAGCAGGGAGAUCCUGCAGGAGGAUGAGGGCCAGUCAGUGGAGGGCGAAGCAGUGCACCCGCCUCCCAGGAUCUGCACAAGACAGAUGAGCACGACUGGUGGCACUGUUCCUUACCUGGGCACUUACCUCACUGUUCUAACUAUGCUGGACACUGCGCUGCCUGAUGUCUUGGAGGGGGGGCUCAUCAACUUCGAGAAACGAAGGAGGGAGUUUGAGAUCCUCUCCCAGAUACGACAACUGCAGGCCUCCUGCUCCCAGUACAAUCUGUCCCCUCAGCCCCGAGUCACCACCUGGCUGCGGGGGCUCCGGCUGCUGUCUGACCAAGAGAGCCAUGAGCUUUCUCAGGAGCUGGAGCCCCCAGUAGACUCCCGCCCCAACUCUCCCCCUUUCUGGAGCCAUCGUCUCCUCGCCAAGAAACUUGCUUCCAGGUUGCUUGCCGUGGGUGAAGGAUCAGACAGGAAGGCCAAUGCUGACCAGAUUAGUGUGUCCUCUUCCGGUUCAAGUGGCUCGGAGAUGGAAGACCUCACCUCCCCAAGGUCCUCACCCAUUAGACCCAAGUCUUUUCCCAGUUCCUGCCAUGACAUGGCUGAGACCACCCAUUCCACCAGCCCUGAAUCCUCACCCCAUUCCAGAACCUCAGCUAAUUCCCAGUCUGAGUUCUUGACGCCUUCUACAGCCACCCAAGGUUCAGGCCCCAAUCCUGGACCCACCUGUCAGCACCAACGCUCUGUUUCUAUGGUCAAUCUGCCAGUGUACAACAGGCAGGUGGACGACUCCUGCAUUGUGCGGGUCAGCGUGGAGUGUAGCAGCAACGGCAAUGUCUACAAAAGCAUACUGCUUACCAGUCAGGACAAGACUCCCCAGGUGAUCCAGAGGGCCCUGGAGAAGCACAGCCUGGAGGGUGUGAGCUUCCAGGACUUCACCCUCUGUCAGAUUCUGCCUCAUGAAAAAGAGCUGCGAAUUCCAGACAAAGCCAAUGUGUUCUAUGCCAUGUGCACCUCGGCCAACUACGAUUUCAUCCUGCGCCAGAAGUGGAGGAGCCACCUGAAACCACCGGGAUAUGGGUGUGGAUCGGGGGCGGAGGUUGGGUGGCAUCACCCCAAGUGACAGCGCCCUCUCUGGUGCGGAGGAAUUCCUGCAAGAACGUGGAAGAGACUGGCUCAGAAAAGCUACAGAACACAUCAUACUUAUGCACCAACUAGGGGUGUGCAUGUUUCUACAUUUUCUAGCUUAGAAUGAUAACGACUGUAACAAAACAAUGAACGGAAUAACUUUCAAAUGUCUAAAAAGAAUGACACGCUACUAGAAACUUGCAAGCCUUUACAGUGGUUUUAUAUUAUGACGUGCAAGACGAGUCAAAGCACAUCGCACACUUGAAGUUCAUCCCGAAGGACACAUUUUAUUUAUUUAGCAGGAAUUUACCUUGUAAAUAAUUGAAUGAAGAAGCACUUUAUGAAGAACAUAUGUACAUGGAUGCGAGUCUGAGGAUGGGGAGUGAUGAAACUUCCAUUGGACGUCUCAGGAGGCAACUGGAACUGAGUGAUUUUCAUAGACUCAAUAGACCCCCCACUAACUUGAACACUAUUUAUUUAUAUCUCCUUAGUUGUGUCAGAGCCACUUGCUGUGGAUACAUCUACGAUAAAUGCACUCUAAAUGGUGAACGCGGUACUUAUGAAGGUUUUGUUUUUGUCAUUUUCGUUGUUCAGGUAACAAUGUGGUUACUAGCUGAAGAGUAUUUGGAGAAAUGCGUAUGCUGUGUUUGAGGAAUGACAUUCACAAUCCACGCACAGCUCUAUUCAGCCUCCCUGCUGGUGCGAAGAACGAGCUCAAGUAAAAAUGCCGCAGGCAAGGAAUUUAUUUAAAAAAAAGGAAAAAAAAACCAGAAAUGUAGCGAUGCAGUAUUGUUUUCCAAGCUGGAAUGCGGAUGUGCAUUCUGAGAAUGCCAAAGGCGGGAUCUGAGCGUCCUGUAGUCGAGGGUGGUGGUAGUGGCGAAGGAGAUGGAGAGUUGCCGCCAAACUGGAUGAGCAACAUUUCGCUCAAGCAGAAGGUCACUACGUGGGGAUCAGCAGAUGCUGUGUAACAUGAAAGAUUCCAGUGGGGCAACAGUUAUCAUUCCCACCAUCAAGAGGAGUUUCUGUCAGGGUGUUGCAUUUCAGUGUUAGUGAGUGUGAGAAAUGUAUAGUUUUAGUUUUUCCACAGUGCUGGAGUCCUUCUUCCUGUCUUUGAAGUAACCACGACUAUAAGCGAACAGUGUUUUUACACCUCUUUCCUGGUGGUACUGUUAUAACCACGGAUCUGCGUAUUAAAAGGGCAGAGAAAUGCAUCUGUUGGAGUGUCAUUUUUCUGCAAUUCCAGAUUGGCGUUUCCGAACAAGGCUUUGCACAGCUGGGCUGGUGAACAUUGCUCAUUCGGUAUUCACUGGUUGCUGUCCCACACACAGCAGUGCGGUCUUAAGUCCCAGUAGAUUUCACUUUGCCUUCGUUUGUUGUCCAUUGUGUCUAGUCCCACUAGUUUCUGUAAGAUAUGAAGUAAUGACACUGCUUUAAUGAGCUCACGUAGAAGAUCCGGUAGGAAUACUGUACUCAGUCAAAUACGGUUCCAUGGUGAUGCGCAGUACAAAGGUGUCCAGAAGAGAUGCUUGAAGUGAAGUGUUUUCCAACCAGAAUGUGUCUUAGGAAUGUGCUUGUGACGGAUACAGUUUGUCUGUCGUUUAGCUCAGCUGGUAUUCGAGUCAAGCUUUGAGCGGGGUACUUUGGCUUUGUUAACUGUGUUAAAUUUCUAUGCUACUGAGCCUCGAACAGGGCCACGGAAAUACGUCUCCAGUGUUUCCAUUCUUUUUUUUUGGUUUAUGUCUAAUUACCUUUGUAGUCUUAUAUAACCACAUGAGGCAUUAAGUGUCAUUGUUUUUAAAAUAUUUAAUGUAAGUG